GUUCUGCUAUCAGUCCCCCGCUUUUCUGAGGACAGCCGCCCUCAUGUUUUAGGGGCGGUAGUCUGAAGCUAUUCGUCCUUCUUCCUCACAUAUUCAUUGUACAAGCCUGUAAGGACCGACUACAGCCGCGGCUUCCCAGAGACCCACGGCGGAGCUACAUGAACAUCCUCUUCGACAAACAUUGACAAUAAUGGCUACUGAAAACUUCGAACUGACCGGCGAUGCGGACAAAAACGGCGAGGCAGAGACCCCGCGGUGGGGCCAUGAGAGGCGGCUACAGAGAUCCCUGAAUAUGAACCACUAUGCCAAUAAGAAGAGUGCAGCAGAAAGCAUGUUGGAUGUAGCUCUGCUCAUGGCUAAUGCCUCCCAGCUGAAGGCAGUGAUGCAGCAAGGACCAAGCUUCACCUUUUACGUGCCCCUCAUUAUUCUCAUUAGCAUCUCUCUCACUCUGCAAAUCCUAGUCGGAGUUCUGCUUAUUUUCAUAGUUAAGUGGAAUCUAAAUGAUGAAAGAAAUCACUACAGAUUGGACAUCUUGGAGAAUGUGACCACAGCUUUCGUCUUUAUCAUAGUGGUUAUCAACGUCUUCAUUACGGCCUUCGGUGUCCAGCAGCCCAGCUCGAGCGGUUGAUUGUGUUUUAAAUAGUUUUCAAUCCCUACUGAUCAAUUUAGUAAAGGCAGGACAUCCAGACAGGGAGAGACAAGAUAUUCAUUCACCAAACUGGCUGGCAUGCAGGUGUAUUUGCUUUUCUGUAAUUCAACCUAUCAGGUCUCAGGAGAACCAGUGAACUCAGAGAAUCAAGUUACAGUAUAUUGUCUCCUGUGUGUGUGUGUUUCUGAGUAAAAGGAGUUCCUCAGACCAUGGCCAGUCAUGUACAUGUGUUGAUCAGUUCUUAUUUCAUGUGGCUAUUAACUAGUCUGUUACCUCAGAUCUUAUAAUGCUCAGGUUACUGAUGCAAAUAAGUAAUUGUCUGUAUGCAGAAAACAAACAUCAGGAGCAAUAGUCACAAUCACUGUGAAGGUUUCCCAAACAACAGCUAAAGAAGACCACCUGCUUUUAUUUUGAAGUUCUUAAACAGGUUAGUAUGCCUUUAUGUUUUUGGAAAAAAAACAAAAAACAAAAAUCAGUUACUACCACAGAAUCCAAAGAAAAUUAACAAUGGUGAAUGCAUCAUGAUUCAUUCUGUCUUGCUGCUGUAAGAGGUAUUAUAUGUGUAACAGCUUUACCAUUCUAAUAAUGUUUACAGUGGGCCUUAACUGCUUUAUUUUUUAAAGAGCUAUGCAAAAUCUGUCUAAAGAAAAUUUCAACCUCCUAGCAUACACCAGCUCAUUGUUGACCCACCUAUGGUUAAGAGUUUUUGGUUUGGUUAAUGUCCACCACGUUUCUUGGUCGUGGCUCAAAAGUUGGGAGGUCGCCUUGCAAUCGGAAGGUUGCUGGUUCGAGCCCCGGCUUGGACAGUCUUGGUCGUUGUGUCCUUGGGCACGACACUUCACCCGUUGCCAGGUGGUGGUCAGAGGGCCC